AUGGAAACGAGUGUCCUGCAACAAGAGAAUGUCCAAGGUGGCCUUCUGUUGGCAUCCAAAGCAAUAGUACAACUUCUAGCCAGCUCCAUAGUAGGACUCAUUACCAACAGGUUUGGAUAUGAUAUACCAAUGUUCUUUGGAUUUAUCAUCAUGUUCUUGUCUACUUUACUUUUUGCCUUCGCUGACUCGUAUUGGCUGAUGCUCUUUUCUCGAUCGAUUCAGGGAGUUGGAUCCUCAUUAUCCACUGUUGCAGGUUUGGGAAUGAUGGCACAAGUAUACCCUGACAACUAUGAAAGAGGAAAGACCAUGGGCAUUGCACUAGGAGGCCAGGGACUGGGUGCGCUUGCUGGUGCCCCCUUCGGUUCGUUCAUGUUUCAAUUUGUUGGGAAAUCUUCUCCGUUCUUAGUGCUGGCAGCUCUCAUUCUGCUAGAUGGAGCUCUACAGCUAUGUUUGCUGCGAUUUGACAAGUUUGUUCCGGGGAACAUUCCACCGACAUCCUACUUGACACUUCUCAAGGACCCUUACAUUUUAGUGGCUGCAGGGUCUCUUUCCAUUACUUCCAUGUCUUUUGGAGUUGUGGAACCCACCCUUCCCAUAUGGAUGAUACAAACUAUGUGCUCGCCCACCUGGCAAUUAGGUUUGGCUUUCCUACCUGCCAGUGUUUCAUUCCUCCUAUGUACCAACCUGUUUGGCACUCUGGCAUACAAGAUGAGGAGGUGGCUGUGUGGACUUGUCGGGAUGAUAAUCAUGGGAGUUGGUCUCUUAUUGGUUCCACUAGCUUCCAAUAUAUAUGGUCUUAUUGGUCCUAUGGCUGCCCUUGGUGUUGGCUUUGGAAUGGUUGAUACAUCAAUCAUGCCUAUCAUGGGACAACUGGUAGAUCUACGUCAUACAUCUGUGUACGGUGGGAUAUAUGCUGUUUCAAACAUUGCUCUAUGCUUGGGAUUUGCUUUAGGACCUCUGUGUGGUGGCAUUAUUGCAGAAGCUAUUGGAUUCCCCUGGUUAAUGAGGAUCACUGGAUUAGUGAACAUUAUCUACUGUCCUCUUUGUCUCUUGCUAAGAAACCCACCAGCCAAAGAAGAGAAAAUGGAGGUGGCCCAGGAGGAGGAGGAGGAGGAG